CUUACCGUGUCCGGAAGUGCUGGGGCUUGUUGGGCAGCUUGGAUGUUUUUCCUUUCAUUACGGACUGUAGCUGUUAUUGUGGUCAACUCAGCCUAAAAACGGCACAUUAUAUUGCUCAAACAAUGAGACCACGUGUAUUUGUUUGACGUACUCAGCACACAGAGGACGUGUCGCUGCGGGGGACUGGAUAUAAUCUAACUUAACUGACAUGCCAGAUGGCUAGCUCGCUAACAGGCUAGCUAAGAGGUAUGUUAAGAUAUUGGGGACAUAAAGACUGCAACUGGACUUCAGCUGGUCGAGUUUAGGUGCUUUAAAAUGGAAGAGAAAUACAGCAGCAACGUACUCUCAGGGGGGAAACUGGGAAUGGUCGAAGUGCCCAAUUCUAGGUUAACCAGAUAUAUAGUUUUGCUGGUUGUCACGAAGGUCCUCAAGGCUCUUGGGAUCUUUGAAUCUUAUGAUAUCCUAAAAGUUGUUCACAUUGUCCAGUUUAUCUUUAUACUGAAAUUAGGGACUGCUGUUAUUCUGCUUUUCUUUCAAAAGCCUUUCUCCUCAGGCAAAAUCAUCUCAAAAAGACAGUGGAUAAAGUUAUUAAAGCACGCUGUUUUCAGCUGUGUCAUAUCCCUCCUGGGCUUCUUCGGAUUAACUCUCUGUGGUCCUCUAAGAACAUUGUUGCUUUUUGAGCACAGUGAUGUGGUGAUCAUUGCUCUCCUCAGUGUCCUGUUCACAAGUUCAGGAGGGGGGCCGUCCAAGACCAGAGGCGCUGCUUUCUUCAUCAUCGCUGUGAUCUGCCUCCUCCUCUUUGACAACGAUGAUCUCAUGGCAAAGAUGGCAGAGCACCCUGAGGGACAUCAUGACAGCGCGCUCACUCAUUUCCUCUACACGGCCAUUGCAUUUUUAGGGGUUGCAGAUCACAAAGGUGGUGUUGUGCUGCUGGUGGUCUCCCUGUGCCUGAAGGUGGGCUUCCACACGGCCUCCAGGAAACUGUCAGUGGAAAUUGGUGGUGCCAAACGCCUCUAUGCCCUUGACAACCUGGUUUCUGCAGUGGUACUGCUGCCCUGGGUCAUAGUGCUGUCAGCAACCACAGACAGUAAAGUAGAAUCAUGGUCGGCCCUCAUCCUGCCGUUCGGGAUGAUAAUCUUCUCUGUAAUGAUCCUGGAGUUUUACGUCGAGGCCAUCUGCAACACAAAGAUGGAGAUGCCGAGGUGCGCCCGCUACGGCACCAUCGCCCUUUUCUUCAGCGCCGUGCUGCUGGCCAACUUCUGGACUCACCCGCUGACCGACCAGCUGCGCUCCAUGAGCAAACCGCCACAGCAGGUCAGCACGGAGCACGUGCUCUCUGGAGGAGUGGUAGUCAGCGCCAUCUUCUUCAUCAUGUCUUCCAGUAUUCUCUCGUCUCCAUCAAAGAAAGGUCAGAAGGGCACCUUGGUGGGUUACUCACCCGAAGGGACUCCCCUGUACAACUUCAUGGGAGAUGCCCUGCAGCAUACAUCACAGUCCCUCCCGCGGUUCAUCAAAGAUUCCCUGAAACAGAUCCUGGAGGAAUAUGACUCCAGACAAAUCUUCUACUUCCUGUGUCUCAACCUGGCUUUCACCUUUGUGGAGCUGUUUUACGGCGUUUGGACCAACAGUCUGGGAUUGAUCUCUGAUGGCUUCCACAUGCUGUUUGACUGCUCGGCUUUAGUCCUCGGCUUGUUUGCUGCCCUUAUGACCCGCUGGAAAGCUACUAGGAUAUUCUCCUAUGGGUAUGGUCGUGUUGAAAUACUUUCUGGAUUCAUCAAUGGGCUGUUCCUGAUGGUCAUCGCUUUCUUUGUCUUUGUUGAGUCAGUCACCCGUGUGUUGGAUCCUCCUAAUAUAAACACAGACAUGCUGACUCCCGUGUCUGUCGGAGGAUUACUGGUCAACCUGGUGGGCAUCUGCGCUUUCAGUCACGCUCAUUCUCACGGCGCCAAAAGCUGCCCAUCGCACGACCACGGCCACUCACACCAUGGCCACUCCCACAGCGAGCACAGCCACGGAGGUCACGGCCACUCUCACGGAGGGCACAGCGGACACGGACACGGCGGGCACGGGCACUCCCACGGCUCAGGGGGCGGAGGCAUGAACGCUAACAUGAGAGGUGUUUUCCUCCAUGUCCUGGCUGACACAUUAGGCAGCGUUGGCGUGAUCAUCUCCACCAUCCUCAUCCGUCAGUUCGGCUGGUUGAUUGCCGACCCCAUUUGCUCGCUCUUCAUCGCCACGCUCAUUUUCCUCAGCGUUAUCCCUCUGCUGAAGGACGCCUGCGAGGUUCUUCUUCUGCGAACUCCCCCAGAAAAUGAGAAGGACCUGAACAGUGCGCUGGAAAAGAUUGAGAAGAUUGAAGGAGUUCUGUCGUACAGAGACCCUCAUUUCUGGAGGCACUCAGCCAACGUGAUCGCAGGGACCAUCCACCUCCAGAUCAUGUCAGACGUGGUGGAGCAGAGGAUCAUACAGCAGGUGACGGCCAUUUUGAAAGAUGCCGGGGUGAAUAAUUUGUCGGUCCAGGUGGAGAAGGAGGCAUACUUCCAGCACAUGUCUGGACUCAGCACCGGAUUUCAGGAAGUUCUGGCAAUGACGCAGCAGAUGGAGACCAUGAAAUGCCUCAAAGACGGGACAUGCAUCAUGUAACGACCAAAUGGGGACCAAAUGAUACUUCACCGAUUCAACCCUCAGUCUCUUUUUCAUUGAAAUGUACAGUUUAUGUAUGUAUGUGGUUCAAAUAAAUCUGAAUAUAUUGGUUUUA